AUGGGCCCCGUCGAGACUCCCGAAAGGAUCGACCGGCUGUGGGAGACGAUAGACACCCGGCGACAGGGCUCCGUGGACUAUAAUGGGUUGAAAAAGGGACUCAAGAAGAUGGACCAUCGUGAGUGGACCGUGUUCUGUUAUUCUUCCCUCAAAAAUGCCGAUUACAUGCUCCGCCAGGUGUUUAAAACGGUCGAUACAAGCGGGGAUGGUCGUAUACAAUAUAGCGAAUUUCGCGACUUCGUCUCUCAUGCGGACGAAGCAUUGUGGGAACUCUUUCAGAGCAUCGAUCGAGACCACAAUGGAGAGCUGGACAGAAAUGAGCUGAAAGAUGCAUUUUCAAAAGCAGGGAUCACGGUGUCGAGCUCUAUGCUGGAUGAGUUUCUAGAGCAGAUGGACCAAAACAAUGACGGGGUGAUCAGCUAUAAUGAAUGGAGGGAUUUCCUACUAUUCUUGCCCACUGAGACGGCCAGUUUACGCAACAUUCUGUCCUACUACAAAGCAACGGGAAAUCUAAACCCGGAGGGAGAUGUAGACAUCAACGAGACUCUGCAGGGUUUAGGUACUGACAUCCCGCUUCUCUACCAUUUCAUCCAUUCCCUGGCGAACAUGCUCUACUAUCUCUGUCAAGUUCCUGUCUCGACACUGGGCGCUGCUCCAUUCAACCUGGUGGCUGUUGCGUAUGCUGAGACGUCCAAUUCUGAGUCAGCAUCCGAUCAGGAAUUGCUCGUGUUUGACAGUGAUCUUGAACUGGAGGUGCUAUCUGUUCCUCAGACUGUCGCUAUGUGGCUGUCGGUGCACUCUUUUGAACUGAAGUUGACGGACAUCUUCCCUCACCUAGGUUAUUUCAUCGCGGGUGGAGUUGCUGGCGCCGUCUCACGAACAGCUACCGCGCCUCUCGACCGUCUGAAAGUCUAUCUCAUUGCCCGGACUAGUGUUCGCGAAGACGCUGUCCGUGCGGCUCGAAAGGGAGCUCCCCUGAGCGCCAUCAGCAGGGGUGCAAGGAGUUUAGUUGAUGCGACCAAGGAAUUAUGGCGUGCUGGGGGUAUUCGCAGUCUCUUUGCAGGGAAUGGGUUAAACGUGGUCAAAAUCAUGCCAGAGUCGGCCAUCAAAUUCGGUGCUUAUGAGUCUUCAAAACGUGCAUUCGCUCGCCUCGAGGGACACAAUGAUCCGAAGCAGAUACGACCUACAUCUCAAUUCCUAUCUGGUGGACUAGGCGGCAUGGUGGCACAGUGUUUUGUUUAUCCAGUUGAUACUUUAAAAUUUCGCAUGCAAUGUGAAGUCGUACAAGGCGGCAAGCAAGGAAACAAACUCAUUGCAGAAACUGCUCGAAAGAUGUGGCAAAGCACCGGUGGCUUUGCAUUCUUUCGUGGUCUGCCUUUGGGUCUCCUUGGCAUGUUUCCCUAUGCAGCUAUCGAUCUAUCUACGUUUGAGUAUCUUAAAGCACGACUGCUUGCUAGGAAAGCUCUCUUGAACAAGUGCCACGAAGAUGAUGUUCCCCUGAGCAACUUUGCAACAGGAGCCAUCGGCGCUUUUAGCGGCGCUUUAGGAGCCUCCUUUGUCUACCCACUCAACGUACUACGAACGCGACUACAAGCUCAGGGCACGGUUUUGCAUCCUGCCACUUAUGACGGAAUUUUUGACGUCGCUCGUACAACCUACCGUUCCGAGGGAUUUCGAGGAUUUUACAAGGGCAUUACUCCAAAUAUGUUGAAAGUUGCACCUGCUGUUUCGAUCAGUUAUGUUGUGUACGAAAACUCGAAACGAAUUCUCGGAUUGAAAUAA